AGCAGAUAAGCGUGCAGCUGCCGCCAGGCCGCCACCAAUGGUGAGGAGGGCGCAGUGUACGCGGAAGGAGCCCGGGCGCCGGACACAGCUAGAGUGGGACGCGGGCGGAGCCUUCGGCCAAUGAGCGGCAGGAGGAACGCGCCUGCCGCUGACGUCACUCGGGCAGCAGCCAAUCAGACGCGACUAGGCCCAAGUGCUACAGGAGUGAGGUGUACGGGGGUGAGAGAAGUGAGCUGACGGGGGAGACAGCGGAUGAUCUCGUGCUUUCCCAUAUCGCAAUACAAUUCCGACUGCCAGUGGGAGGGGAAUGGAGACCUCGAGCCCGCCCCGCAGAUAGCCCGGUUGUGGAUUAAUCCAGGAGUGAAGCUCCAGAGAGAACAGACUGAGCACCCACCCCCAGUGUCAUCAGCCACAUGGAUUACCAAGGGAUUACUGCAAGGAGGGAGACAGACUAAUAGCGGGAGGGGGCACAGAGCUGCAAAACAUUGUCUGCUCCCCUCACUCUGGAGAUUUGGAGGAGGGGAGGCUUUCACUAUAAACAGCCCCCAAAUUAUUAAGAGCUGAUUUUCAGCCCUACGAUUUCUAUUUACCAUGUGGAGAAAUAUUUAAUAGGAUUGGUACAGUUCCCUGGCUCCAAAAUUUUGUUUCAUCCCUAACUCAUUUCAGUCCUUCCUGUGUAUAUUUCUCCCAUCGCCUACUAGUGCUGCGUGGGGAUAUGCUGUACCCCUUAGUGCCAUCCUUCCAUCUUCACGAUGCCUGCAGGAACUGUCAAGUCAUUCAAACCCAGCAAGUACAUCCCUGUGGCUGCAGCAACCAUAUUCCUAGUGGGAUCUACAACACUUUUCUUCACCUUUACAUGCCCUUGGCUCAUUGUGGAGGUGUCCCCUGCUCUUCCUGCUUAUAACGCUGUCAUGUUUCUGUUUGUUUUGGCCAAUUUCAGCAUGGCCACAUUCAUGGACCCUGGGAUAUUCCCACGAGCGGAAGAGGAUGAAGAUAAAGAGGAUGAUUUCCGGGCCCCCCUGUAUAAGACGGUUGAAGUGAGAGGAGUACAGGUCCGCAUGAAGUGGUGUUCAACGUGCCGGUUUUACAGGCCUCCUCGCUGCUCUCACUGCAGUGUGUGUGACAACUGUGUGGAGGAGUUUGAUCAUCACUGUCCAUGGGUAAAUAACUGUAUUGGACGCAGGAACUACCGUUACUUCUUCCUCUUCCUGGUGUCUCUUACUUUGCACAUAAUGAGCGUGUUCAUCUGUGGCCUUUUCUACACAUUAGGGCACCCUGACCAGCUCCGAGACAUCCCAGCAAUUGUCACUAUUUCAGUGAUGUGCGUGGCUGGCCUAUUUUUCUUUCCUGUCGCUGGUCUCACAGGAUUUCAUAUUGUCCUGGUUUCCCGAGGUCGCACUACCAAUGAGCAGGUUACUGGAAAGUUCCGUGGAGGAGUUAAUCCUUUUAGCAAUGGAUGCUGUCGAAAUGUGAGCCAUGUGCUGUGUAGCUCUCCUCCACCCAGAUAUAUAAAGCGCAAUCGUAACCAGCCCAUUCCCUCUCUGUCACCUCCAUUUUUGCGCCCAGAGAUAUCAGAGAGUCAGAUAGGCCUUAAAAUAUUGGAUAAUGGUGUACAGAGUCCCCUCCAACACUACCAGUCUCGGAGCAGUCUGGAACUGACAGAAUCUCAGUCAGCAGAUACAGAGCCCCCACCUCCACCUAAACCUGAUUUAAGUCGUUACACAGGACUGAGGGCCCAGUUAAGCCUGGGAGACAGAGAGGAUAAUUCCCUUCUGAGCACAGAGAGCCCUCCUACUCCUACUAUGUACAGAUAUCGUCCGGGCUACAAUAGUGGAAGUGGAGCUCCUCCACUCAGUACAAAGCUGCCCCGUGUAGACAGUCUCCAGGACUCUCCCAUGCCAACAUCUGACCUGUCCCGCCCCCCAAGUUCUCGCUCCGAGCCCAGCCUAGACCCAGAUCCCUGCCACGCACCACCGGCUCGCUCAUCCAGUUUGCGCUCUGCCACAGGAACUUCUGCACCACUCCCCUCCCUUCCCUCUGAAGGAACAACGUCUACGUCAUACAAAAGUCUAAACCAGACACAGAAUGGAAGUCUAUCAUACCAGAGUCUGCUAAGCCCUUCUGAUGAGACGGAGCCUGAAACUGCUGGAUACUCUUCACCCUAUCUCUCAGCUCGGGAACGCCUCCGACCAGCCUGUCCUCCCCCAAUUGCUCCUCGCUAUGGCAAGCCUCGAAUCAGUCAUCAUCGUGUUGCAGAUACAGAUGUAGCAGCUCUACCCUUGCUGACACUAAAGGAUGAGUCUCCGGUGAAGUCAGCGCACUCUCGAAGCAAUGGCCAAGCUACUGUCUCUCCUCCAGUCAGCCCUUCACGUCCUGGAGGUGUAAAGACUGUGUCCGGCGUGGGAGGAACUACAUAUGAGAUAUCUGUAUGAAUAGAUUUUUGGACACUUUUGGACACACAGGUGGUCAAAGUGACCAAAGUUAUCAGUGUGAUAAUCAACAGUGGCCAAUCCUGGACUCCCUCUGUGUGUCCACACGUCAUGUUCCCGUGGAGUCACUUGUGGGUUCCUUUUCUUUGUUUUUAUUUUGUUUUGUUUUAAAAACUUUCCCCAACCACAGUUUUUGUUUUUUUUUGUUUUCCCCCCCCCCCUUUUUAAAGUUUCACAUUUAAUUUUAGGGGCAGAAUAUGGGCUGCAGAUUUCUCUGCGAACAUCGAAUUUCUUGCAUUUUUUACUGACACCGUUUGUCUUUUAAUUACAACGGUAAUUUCUUAUUCCACUUUCAUCUGGACUCCUCUGCCGCCAGAGUGGCAGGGAUGCCAUGUACUCUCUGCCCAGGUUACAGGGAGCAUGGCGUAUAAGUUACACUUGGCGAUCUGUUUCUUAACAGAAGGCUUUCUUAUUCGUAGGCGUGGAAGUUGGGUUCUUUUCUUUUUAAAAUAUUUUCUAUAUAUAAUUUUUUCUUUUUUUUUCAUCUGAGGGGGAACGUGAUCUGCACAAGUUUAUAAAUAGAGAUGAAUAUAUGAUAUUAUUUUACAGCUGGGGAGCAGGCAAUAAAUACCCCUCCACCUCCACAAAAUGGAGAAAUGAGGGAGGGUGCCUUCAUUUUUAUUAUUUCAUUUAAAAAUAAAUAUAUAAAUGAAACAAAA